GUACAUAUGGACAUUCUGUCCGUGAAAGUUUGACUUCACGGAUUUGAACCCCUUCAUCCACUUUCAACAAGAGACACAGUCCAAGCACGAAAGCAACGAAAAGAUGUUCGAACCAGCGCAUGAGUUUCACUGAUCGAGACCUACUCACGUGUUUUCUGAAGGCCUGCGGCUCCCUUGCUCUCUCCCUCGUGCUUGCUCAUUGCCUUGUUUUUCGCACCACAGAGCCUCUUCUCCUCAACUCAGAGGUCACCAUCAUGCGAGAAAAUAACAGCAUACACGUGACUUCGUCCAGAAUACCAUGUUUCCCACUUGAUAGAAAAUCGUGCCCGCCUUCUGGCACAAAGCCUCAAGUUUCCGAAUAGCCUCACUCCACUAUGCUAAGCCUAACUUUGAGCCGACUGCACAACAUCAAUUUCCAACAGAAACAAGCAAGUAAGAAAAAACUGCCUCGGAUCGGGUUGC